AUGGCCCACAAACCGGAUAUCUUACUGAUCGAAUCAAGCGUCCAAGCGAUUGAUGAGCCUCGUCGACAGCUCUUGGCCAAGAAAUACAACCUCAUUCAAUAUGACUGCGAUUCGGUAGACGACUUCAUCGAACGAAUGAAGCCAGGAGGACUGUAUGCAUCCAUCCAAGCCAUUGUCCGUCUCGGCUGGCACAAAGUCGGUCGUUUUGCGGAUCUACGACCAUUCGCGACCGAGGUCGUCGCUCACUUUCCACCAAGCUUGAAGAUAGUGAGCUGCAGUGGGCAUGGAUACGAUGCCGCUGAUACCGUGGCAAUGGCUGAGCGUGGCAUCUGGUACUGCAAUACGCCGAACGCCUGUACCGAAGCUGUUGCUAACACGGCAACGUGGCUUGUUCUGGAUACAUUUCGCUACCUUACGUAUGCUCAGCUCAGCGCUCGCAAUGACUGGGCUACGAGUCGAGAGCUAGCUCUCCUGGCUGAUGACCCCUGUGGUAAGGCUCUGGGGAUUGUUGGCCUUGGAAAUAUAGGCUUAGAGAUAGCCAAGAGAUGCGAGGCUGCUUACGGCAUGAGAGUGCACUAUCACGGUCCAAGGCGAAAACUUGAAGCUGAGAAGACGCUAAAGAGCGGCGCAACAUUCCACGAAACACUAGACGAAAUGAUCCGAGUUGUCGAUUGCAUUGUGCUCGCAGCCCCUUACACCAAAGAAACCCAUCACAUGCUCUCAACUCCACAGUUCACCUUGGCGAAACCAUCCGGCCUUCGAGUCGUCAACAUCGCAAGGGGCAAGAUGAUCGACGAGGAAGCUCUUCUCGAGGCCAUGAAGAAGAAACAAGUCGUGGGCGUUGGACUGGACGUCCACGACAAGGAACCUGGUGUGAACCCCAAACUUCGAGACAACUGGAUGGUGACGCUUCUGCCUCAUGUUGGUGUCUGCUCGCAUUCUGCCUGGAGUAACUUUGAGAAGCAGUGCUGGGACAAUCUGGAAGCUUACUUUGAGACUGGAAAGCCUUUGACGCCGGUACAUGAAAUUUCGAGAACAGGCUGA